AUGAUCUCUACACUUCGACUAGUAUCUCGACUUAGAACUUCCAGCGGUUGUUUCGUGUGUCGAAAGCGCCGGAAGAAAUGCGACGAGAGUACACCACGGUGUGCAGGCUGUGUCCGGAACAACUUCAAAUGCGUGUGGCCUGCGCCAGAGAGCGUUGGAGUAAAGGAUGCUUCGUCGACAGCUACUAUUACUAUUAGCCCAAGCCCAGCCGACUCCAACUCGCCCUUUGCAGACGACUCUAGCAAAGUUGGGCGAGUGCGCUCCCCGAUGUAUGGCCUACCAUGGAUCAGAACAUCUAUGGAUCAUUAUCUGUCAAUUUACUUCAGGGAUAGAUUCAUGACAGGUGUUUUUAGACCGAAUGCCCACCCCGCUUUUCAGGAUCCAGGGUAUUUGAUCUUGGUUAGCGCACAAAUGAGUACGACCAUGGGCGCUUUUUUAGCUACGGCGGCGAUGCAUGCAUCAUGGGCAAAUCCAAAGUUCAGGCGACCUGCGAUAAGGUACUACAAUUCUGUACUUGCAGGUUUACGAAAGUCUAUUGCAGAAGGAGCAGCAAAAGGAGGCGAAGAUUGGCUGCUUUUGGCAACUAACCUUUUGGUAUUAUUUGAGAUAAAUAAAGGAUGGAAUACCGGUCACAAUCCUUUAGGAGCCGCCCCACAUCUUGACGGCCUGGCGCACAUUCUAAAGAUCAGAAUUGGCGAAGAAUCCAAGAAGCCCCAGGAAUUUGUUCAUCUCCAGAACAAAAUAUCCGCAGAAUCAUUCGUGUUGUGGUCCUCGUUCCUCUCUCUUUUCUAUUCGGAAAUUGAUCGUGUUGGUGAUACUAUCAAUUGGAAUGACUUGAAUAUCUACCUCGAUCGUGAUGUAUUCCCCGAUGCUUCGAUAUCUUCCAACUCGCCUCUUCUCGUGUUAGACUGGAAAUUACAUGGAACGAUCUUCGAGAUCAGCCGACUCAGCCAUAAAGUGCCUUUAGAAACCUCGAGUUAUGUUCGUGGGAGGGAGCUGGAGACGGAGCUUAUUCGUCGAGAGAAGGAUGUUCGCUUCGAGAUACCGAAUUACGCAUCUCCGGGACAAACUCAGGAUGUGCUACAGCAAAUACUUCUCUAUAUCUUGGCCACUCAGAUCUUGGUUUUCAAAACCUUGAGACCCGAGACUCGUACAUGUAAUCCGAGAAUCCGGGAAAUUGUUACCGAGGCCAUGGCGGCAAUAAGCCGUAUCGAAAUCGAAGCUAAAACUAAUUGUGGUCCUUAUUUCUGCUGGCCACUAGCUAUUCUCUCUUGUGCAGUAGAGUCAAAGGCGAAUAUAUCGUCGCUGAGAGACGCGCUGAAGAAGGUAUGGCUCGUAUCGUACUGUGGCGAAGUGCAGCGGGUCAGAAAUGCGACAGAAGUCUUUUGGCAGAAGGUCGACGUAGAAAAAGGAGAGGAUGAUUUUAACCUGCUAGAUAUAUUGAUUUAUCAGGGUGGGAUGUUCAAACAUCCAUCUAUGGUGACGGAAUGGGGGAAGUCGCUGUACGAUCGAAACUGUUGA